AUGACUCUAAUUGAUAUUUUUGUUCUUACUCAAUUUCCUCCGUUAGAUUUAUCGACGAUUGUCAAAACUAAAACGAUUCAUAAAGUUCAUAAUCAACUACCGCUCGAUCUUUCUGUUUUAAACAGCUCUACAUUUUAUUUUCUUAACAUCAUGAAAAUGUUAUUAAGCACUGAGGCGAAGAGAAGUUGCCAAGAAAGAGAAGAAGAAAAAAAGCAAGCAACACAUGGUCAAACCAUCGUCCAACAAAUCACACCGCAGGCACAGAAAACAGGGGAGAAAGAAAAUAUUUCAUGGAAAUCUAUUGAGACAUUGUUUGAAUUUUUAGUAAUCAAUCGAAAAUGCAAACAGAAUAAAUUAAGGAAAAAAGUUUUGUUUCUCUACACGACAACAUUUUAG